AUGCCUAUCCCAACAGACGACCCUCGGAUCCGCCUCCAGGCGACGGCUUUCGUCAUUUAUCAUCAUGCCGACCUUCAAAAAGCACGACAAUUUUACACCGACUUCGGCAUGUCAAUAGCACAUGAAACCGACCAAGAAAUUUUCUUUCAAGGUUAUGGCGUUGAACCAUUCAUCUACAUAGCACGCCGUGCAGAAGGAGAGAGCUUUUUUGAAGGUGCCGCCUACGAAGUCGAGAGUAGGGCCGAACUGGAGCGAGCUGCUAAGAUCAAGGACGCGACUUCAAUCUCCUCGUUGAAAGCCCCUGGCGGGGGCGAAGUGGUGAGAUUGACCGAUCCUGUUGGUCACCAUGUGUAUCUGGUUCACGGGCAGACCAAGAAAGAGUGCACACCGCCCGGAUUGAAGAAGUUGGUGGUCAACUACGAGGAUGAGAAGCCCAGGAAAGGUCAUUUCCAUCGAUUUGAACCCGGACCUGCACCCGUCCACCGCUGGGGCCACUACGGGGUCACCUAUCCAGAUGGGACUUAUCAGCUCAUGCUCGAUUGGUACACCUCAACCCUCGCGUUGGCCGUGUCUGAUGUCGUCUACAAGGACGACAAGCCCAUCACAUGCUUCUUCCAUAUUGACCGGGGUCUCGAGUUUACCGAUCAUCACGCCUUUUUCUUCAAGCGGGUUAAAUCUGGACAGAAACCCAACGUCGCCCACGCGGCGUUUGAAGUGCAUGACUUUGACAUCCAGAUGUUAGGUCACAAUUACCUCGAGGAAAAAGGCCAUGAGACCUGUUGGGGAGUUGGACGACACUUUUUGGGCAGUCAAGUAUUCGACUACUGGUUCGAUUCCAGCAAAUUCAUCGUGGAACACUACGCCGACGGAGACUUGGUAAAUUCGGAAACAAAAAUUGCGCACAUUUCAGCAGGUCCGCACGCUUUGAAGACAUGGGGACCACCGGUGCCAGAGACAUGGUAA